UAGAUUUUGUAGAUUCUGUAUAUUUUUCUAUGCUCAAAUAAACGUUAUGUCUGAAUAACAGUUUUAUGUUACUUUACUUUUCGUCUUCGGAUAAUAAUCUAAACUUUAUAUACAAGGACAAGUUUGCUCAUAAUCUUCGCCUUCGCUUAUGCUGUGGUGAAGAAGCGAGGUGUAACGUUAAUGUUAGCUAUUUUGCUAGCUAGUAUCCGUUAGCUAGCGGUACCCAGCUAGCAGAAGUUAUAUGUUUUUAAACGUGGAAAAUGUCGAUAGAACUAAGCAGAAAUCCAAGAGUGUGGCUGAUCUGAUGAUAUAUAAGCGACGGGGAAGCAACGGUUCUCGAAGAUCAUCGAACCCUUGUUUGAAAAGGAAAUAUCUAGAAUACCACCAACAGCAUCGCUAGCGAAAAACAAUAACGUUACGAAUCCUGAAUCCUUUUCAUCCACCACUGGGGAAAGCAAGGGGCAAGAAUCUAAAUAAAGGCCUAACAGCUAGCAAAGGGUGGACUAGCUUGGUGACCAGAGCCUCUCGGCAGACCGAAGGUAGGCGCAGCAGCCAGGAUCGGUGAGCCCCGACGUCACCCCAGCUGGGCCCUCGUUCCAGCCUGAACCAUGUGAGGGGCAUAUCCAGCUGCCCAGAGAGGACCCCUCUCCCUCCCCCGAAGACGAGAGCUCCAUAGACAGGCGUGAUCCCACAGGAGGCUCGCCCGACGGACCCCAGCGACCGAGUGAAAGAGACUCUUUCCCCUCACCCCCCUUUCCUCCCCCCCCUCAAUCUCCCCUCUCCCAAACACGGAGCCCUAACCCUCUCCAGGCCCUCGCGCACACCCUCACGUGCGGUAUUGCUCGCCAUUCCUCGCCAGCGUUGUGUUCCCGUGAGAGGGACCAGUCAUGAUGUUCCGUGACCAGGUGGGCAUCCUGACGGACUGGUUCAAAGCGUGGAAUGAGUGCGAGCAGACGGUGGCGCUGCUGUCGCUGCUGAAGCGCGUCUCGCGCACCCAGGCUCGCUUCCUGCACAUCUGCCUGGAGCACUGGCUGGCCGACUGCACCGAGAUCCACGUGCUGGAAGCUGAGGCCAACAAUGCAGCCAUUGUCAGCCAGUGGCAGCAGGAGCCCAAGGAGAAGGCCGUGUCGCUGCUGCUCUCGCACCUGCCGCUGCUGCAGCCGCGCAACAGCGAGGCCAAGUGCGAGUACAUGAAGCUGCUGCAGAAGGUGCUGAGCCACACCAUCGAGAGCAGCCUGUUCGUGGAGGAGAGCCGGCAGCUGCUCUCCUACGCGCUCAUCCACCCGGCCACCACGCUGGACGACCGCACCUCGCUGGCCAUGUGGCUCAACCACCUGGAGGAGCACCUGUCGGCGCGGCCGCCCCCGCCGCCUCCGCCGCUGUCGCUGUCGUCGCAGCACGGCGGGCACCACUACGGGCACCUGCGCCAGGGUUCCGACGAGUGGGCGUGCCCGCCCGAGGUGCAGGAGGCGGCCCACGCCUGGCACGAGCAGCAGCAGGCGCCCUCCUCGUCCUCGUGCAGCUCGCCGGCCGGACAGAACGGACACCUGCCGUUCCACAGCCCCGGCGGUCUGCCCUCGCCCAUCAACAGUGCCGGCAUGCCGACCCAGCUCCAGCCCAGCCCGCUGAAGCGCUCCAUGUCCCUGAUCCCCAGCGGUCCGGUCUGCGGCUCCGAGUGGCUGAGCCCCUCGGACGAGCUGCAGGGCCAGGGGCUACAGGGGGGCCGCCAGGCCACGUCGGGCCCCGACCACGCGCCCCUCUCCCCCCAGAGCAGCGUGGCCUCCUCUGGCAGCGAGCAGACCGAGGAGCAGGGCUCCGCGCGCAACACCUUCCAGGAGGACGGCAGCGGCAUGAAAGACGUGCCCACGUGGCUGAAGAGCCUGCGACUCCACAAGUACGCCUCUCUAUUCUCUCAGAUGACCUACGAGGAGAUGAUGACCCUCUCCGAGCAUCAUCUGGAGUCUCAGCAGAACGUGACCAAAGGAGCACGGCACAAGAUUGCCCUGAGCAUCCAGAAACUUCGUGAGAGGCAAAGUGUCUUGAAAUCUUUGGAAAAGGACAUCCUGGAGGGAGGCAACGUGCGGAACGCGCUCCAGGAGCUGCAGCAGAUCAUCAUCACGCCCAUCAAACUUUACGCGCUGCUCAGCGCCCGGGAGUUGGAUCCGUUGGCCGCGCCCACCAAGGGCGUGGAGGACAAGGACGGCCCGGCCGAGGGCUUCCAGUCCAACAGCCCCUCCACCUGUGACGGCGAGUCCUCCACCGCGCCCAUCGGAGACGGAGAUAUUGCAGGCCAGUUCACCCGCGUCAUGGGCAAAGUGUGCACCCAGCUGCUAGUGUCCAGACCGGACGAGGAAAACAUCAGCUGUUACCUUCAGCUCAUUGAAAAGUGCUUGGCCCACGAGGCUUUCACGGAGACGCAGAAGAAGAGGCUGGCCUCCUGGAAGCAGCAGGUGCUCAAGCUGCUGCGCCUCUUCCCCAGGAAAGCCAUGAUGGACAUGCCCAUGUACCGCCAGAAAGGCUGGGCGUACGGCUCCAACUCACUCCCCACAGCUGGCUCUGUGAGUGUGGGCUUGAGCCGGCGGGGGCAGAGGCAGUUUCAGAUGCCCCCACGGGGGAUGCCGCCAGGCCGCAUGGGCAUCAUGAGUCCGGGGGGCAUGGGAGGCACCUCGCCCCGACACACCCUCACCAACCCGGCGCUGCCUGGCCAGGGCCGACAGAGCCUGUGGUUUGCCAACCCGGGAGGCAGCAACAGCAUGCCCAGCCAGAGCCGCAGCUCUGUCCAGAGGACCCACUCGCUGCCCGUGCACACUUCCCCUCAGACCAUGCUCCUCUUCCAGCAGCAAGAAUGCCAAGUACCGGGCACAGACCUGGAGAUCAACCCCACGCUGGAAUCUCUUUGCCUCAGUAUGACGGAGCAUGCCUUAGGGGAUGGAAUGGACAGAACAUCAACAAUAUGAAAACCUAAAAAAGAAACCGGCAAAACAAGACAAAAAAAAUGGCAACAGUUACACUUUGUACCUGAAUCAUGAGUGGUCCAGCACAUAUGUACAUGCUUAAAAAAACAAAAAAAAGAGAGGUGCAAGGAAAAGGAAGAAAACAGUCACUACAAAAAAAUGACAAAAAACUAACUGUGUAUAUGUUAUCUGAUAUUUUUCUACUUUAUUAUACUUAACUAAGUUUAUUAUAAGUGGAAUACAAAUGACUAUUAUAUUACAGGAGAGAGUGUGAGUUAGAGGAGGCGGAGGGUGGUGUAGGUAGUAAUUGCAUCAGCUCAGUUUCUUCUGCUGGAACGUGACCUUCAGAUUAGAAAAGGUCAAUGUGCCCCCCUACCCCUUGGCUCUGCGAGGAAAGAGAGUGAUUGGUGCUGUCUUAAAGGGGGAUUUCGCUCUGCAUUCGUUUAUUUUCCCUCCUCGCUUUUCCUCCCUGUUAAACGUGCAAAAUGGGAGGCGGGUCAGUUUUGUAUAACCCCGUUAUGCACCUCAAGCUCCUCAGAGGUGUGUGUGUGUGUGUGUGUACACACACACACUUACACUUGCAGAAAACAUAACAUUUUUAUCACACACAAACACACUAGAGUGCAAUCCUUUAGUAUAGUACAAAGCUCUUAGUCCUAAUAUUACACACACACACACACACACACACACACAAACAUGAUGAGUCCCAGGCAUGCUAGUCCAUGUCCUCACUCUCACCGCCCCUUAAAGUUGGCUCUUGUACGCACACAUGAAUAACGUCCUUAACGUUAUUCUGACCCCCUCAGUUCCUCAACACCUCAACACAUGUAACUCUAAGGGCCGCCUUUGGCACAAACAGGACCAAUCGGGGGCCCACUAUUUAUAUAACCACACGUUCACUUCAGAUCCCCAAGGCAGUCAGUCACACUUCAGCUGAAGCCUGCCUGCCUGCCUGCCUGCCUGGGUAGCUGCAUCCUCCAGUGUGUGUCGGUAUUUAGUGCUUGCACAACACAAGUGAUGAGGAAUCUUCCACAGGAGCCGAGGGCGCUCCAAGGCCCCCCCCCCCCCCCCCAAGCUCUUGCCUGAAGCUGGUUGUUUGUGGACCUCCCAUCGUCCAGCGUCUGUCUGGGGACUGGAGCACUGUACGCCUCUGGGAGUCACUCUGGCCUGCAUGAACCCCACCCCCACCCCCACCCCCCAUCCUCCUACCAUAGGGUGAGGCCAGAGAGGUGUGGACUUAUGGGAGAUAUUGUUUUUUUGUUGUUGAUGAUGUUGUUAUGGGACAGGGUGACUUGUGUUUUUUGUACUUUCUUUUUUUCUUCUUUUGUUUUCAGAGCUGGACUCAUAGUUUGAUGUUUUGGAAUGAAAUAUCAAAGCAUGUUCACAUUGGGUUUUUUUUCCCCUUUUAUUUUAAUUUUGUUUUGUCGCGAUCCUUCAAACCUCAUCUCAUGCGAGAAAGAUAGAUAAAGCAAAGAAACACGACCUAAAUUCCUAUCAGUCUCACAUCCUCUAUCUGCUCCCCACCUCCACCCGUCUCGAGGCCUCCUUCAGGUCCCCUCUCCCAGUCACCAGACACGCCAGUUUUAGGAGAUUUGAUGAAUCACGUCAUAUGAAGGUGGUCCUGUACACCCAUUGUAUUGCUUUCCUCCACAUCCUCACAUCCAGGUGCAGUCUUAAGCAAGCCAUUUCGCUGGACCAUGUAAGAGUGGAGGUGCUUGUAUAGUACUUAUUUGGUCUUAAUUAUUAUUAUUAUUAUUAUUAUUAUUAUUAUUAUUAUAUUAUUUGUUUUGUUUGUUUUUUUCUUUUGGAUCCCUCCUUCAUUCCCCCUUUGUCAGGGAAGAAAAAAGAAAAACAGGGUUUCCAUAUUUCCUCAGAGGGCCUUGGCUGGUCUGUUUAUCUAGUAAAACUUUGUUAUUUACCAAACACACCCCAUCUGCGCUCAUUUGUUCAUCUUUCAUGGAAGGCGUGUGUGCGUGUGCUUGUGUGUGUGUGUGAGUGUGCGUGCGUGUGUGUGUGUGUGUGUGUCAUACAAAUUGUCAUCUAGCAGAAGUGCAUGUUAGGAUUUAACAUUAUACAUUUCCAUUAAAAAUGCACAUACACACGUACAAUAACACACAGCUUAUGCCUCUGAUUUGUCUGAAGAAAAAUACAUAUUAGGCCAACAAGAGAUAUCCAUACAGCCAUAUAGUAUGAGUGAACCUAUAAUUAUUAUAUUUACAUCCCAAGGGAAGUUUAAUCGUUACGCGUGAGACACUUCACAGUCCAUAGUUGGAUAUUGGAAAUAGACCAUUCACCGUUCACAUUUUUUUUUUCUUUCCUUAAUACUUAAUUUACAGUUUUUUCCCCCAUAUUUCCUCAGCAGAAGUCUUUGUUUCCCUUUUUUCAUGUUGACUAAUAUACCUAAAAGGCCAAGUCCCUUCGGUCUGGUGAGCGGUACAUUACUUUCUGGGUUUUGACAUUGAUUCAGAAUGUAGACUCAAAAUGCUUUGUAUAAAACAGGGCUGGUUAAAACACAAGAGGGUGUAUUUAGAAGUUAUAGAGGACUCGAUGCAGCUAAGCCAAGGAUAACAAAUACAUAAUUGUUUGCAGGGAGUAACAACUUGUAAGGCAUAUAUUUACAAAUAUGUGCAAAACUAUUACUCUUUUGAGGGAAAACACUAGCCAUUCGCUAGCCAUACAUCAACUCAGCACCAACUAUCAGCCUAUGUGUGGCAUAGCAUUUUUGCCUCAUUUCAUAGACCGUGUGUACUGUGAAACCAUUCCACCCCCUCCACUCUUCAAAGCAGGUAUCCCACUUCCUCUUCUUGUAAAUGAAGCAGGCAACAACAAUGGUAAUAAUAAUAAUAAAAACGGGGGGAUAGACAUGACAUGUGCCACAUGCAUGAAUGCUGUUGCCUCUGCUACCAUCAGCUUGAAGCUCACUCAGGGACACAGGGUCACUUUCAUCCCAACCAGUCCCCAGUCACAAGCCCUACCGCCACUAUUCCCCACUGCAACAAUUCCCCUUCAGUCGCCCCCAGUGGACAACAUUCUGUAGCUUUUAUGCAAUGCUACAAGAGUACAACCCCAUCCUAACGCAAACAACCAAUGGUAUUCAAGUGGGUACAUUUACUUUCAAAGACCAGCCUCUCUGCAUGGACCAAUUAGAUGAGGAUGAUAUUGAUGAAGAGUUGUGUGUUUGAUUGCAUGUAAGCUUGUGUGGGCAGCUAGCACAUUGUUAAAUCUAGGAGUUGCUUUCUUUUCUUCUUGUGGUGUGUAUGUGUGGGGUCGAGGUCAGGGUUGGGGCGCACUUUCAAGUGUAAAGGUCACAACUCCCCAAGGUGAAUAUGGAUCUGAUACGACGGAAGUGAGGAUAAUUUGAUAAUGUGCUAUGUUGGUGGACUUGCUGACUACACAGACCAGCAUAGUGAGCAGAGUGACCCUCACAGACACUGUUCCACCCCAUUCAGCGCACUCACAUACCACUCAUUUUUCAUGUUAUUGUUGGGAUGUCCUGUCAUUGCUGCACGCUAGCGCUUUGACUGUGAACUGCCAGUCGACCAGCCGUGUUUAGUGUGAAGCUUAUUCUCUUAAGAGACAUUUAAUUUGAGCGAUUGGAGUGAUAGUGGGAGAAAGGAGCACAUUCUUGCCUUUACCAUGUUUAUUUCCAUCAGUUUGUUGAGUUUUUUUUUUUUUUUUUUAACGUACAUUGCUUGCUCAGUGAAAUAGAAACAGGAAUUUCAGUCUUAAGUUGGUUUUCACAUCUGGUCAUGAUUAUCCAUGAAUUCACCAUUUCUUAAAAUCUUAAAAUCUGAGUCACAGUGGUCAAUACCAGCAUGAAGCUUACGGUUUUAGCGUUCCAAAGAGUUUGUAAGAGUUGUGCCCACACCAAAGUGGAUCAGGGUUAAGGAGGCAACAGAGAUGUGGCAAUGUGUAUUUAAGGUGUGCAAAAUCACCUUUUUCUUGUUGCGUUUUCCUGUUAUUUGUUCUUUUUGUGUAAACGAAGGGUGACUUCAUGUUUUUAGUCUUCACUAUUUGUAUUUGUUGUUGCAUGCAAAUUUGAGGAACCAAGGCAAAAAAGUAACAAGGCUGUGCCUUUUCUUUUUUAUACAAUUUCAGUUCCUCUUAAUGGAAUCUGGUGCAUUCAUAGAUUAACAAAGGUUUGAUUAACCAGGAUGGGUUUGCCAUGAGGCAUUGCUGUGUUGUGAUCAUAGCUCACUGAUGGAGGACAUGGACAGUCUCUCCUCUUAUUACAGUGGCUGUGGUACAGUGUUGUUUUUUUGGGGGAAUAUAGCCAAGGUAGCUGAAAAAUCCCCAGGCAUAAUAUGCCUUAAAUAAAACAGGAAGCAGGUCAUUCUUCCCCACAAUCCUCAAUACACGUGUAGCAUUUUUUGGGGGGACUCCAGAGUGAAAGGGUUGAGAUUAGAAAUAUAUUCAUAGGGUGCACUGCUGCUAGACAAAGGCAGGAGGAGAGGGUGAGCAAAGAUGGUGGACUCAUCCCCAGUGGCUUUUGGGAUUGCCUCUGAUUCCAUUCCGUGGCCUGCAUGAGGAGCCUGGCCAGUGACUUCUGGAGCUGGAGCUGGCUGUUCUCUGUUCCGCGGCUCAGAUAGACCAUUACUGUGAUUUGUUGUCAGAGAAGUGAAGAGUGAUGCAUCAGCCAGUCUGCUUGCUUUCGUUUCCAGAAGCGUAAUGGUUCUUUUAUUCUAUGCCAAGACUGAUGGACGUUUUUUUGUUUACCUCUUUUUUUGUGAACUACAAUAGUAACUGGAGUAGACACAUGAUCACUAUACUUGCAUUGCCGAGAAUGGAAAUUAAAUGUUUUUCUGUUUUCUGUUUUUGAUGAUAAUGUUGUUGUUAUCACUGCUUUGAAUGUUAGGGAGUGGAAUGGUCCAGAGACUUGUUACUAUGUUGACUGUCUUUCUUUUCCCAUUUUUUUUUCAUUCUUGCCAUGCUACACACAUGAUGGAUGAAGUCAGAUUGAUAUUAAAACUGUUAAUGUUUUGCAAAGUGAA